AUGGAGCAAAAUGGAUCCGACGACUGCAAAUCUAUGAGUUCUCCUCCUCCGUGGAAGCUGGCCUUUCGCUCUUCCCGGCGGUUUAUCAUUUCGGUGGUCGCCAUGGCCAUUUUCACGGUCGUGCCGAUUCUUCCCACUGUCCUCCGGACGCGCGCCUCUAUCCCCGAUGAUGAAUCCAUAUUCGGGUACUGCGCAGACCGAAGCACGUCCAGACGCGUCCCCUUCAUCAUCGGUCUGCUGGCUCUCGCAGGCUCUACCGUCAUGUUCUGGGUCGCCACGACGGUCUCGGCGCUCGUCAUCGCGCGUGUGCUGCAGGGUCUCUCCGCGGCGGUGGUGUGGACGGUGGGGAUGGCGCUCGUCGUGGACACGGUGGGACAGGAUCAGCUCGGGUCGGCGAUGGGGUAUGUCUCCAUGGCUAUGACUGUGGGCACGGUGUUUGGUCCGUUUAUCGGGGGGACGGUGUAA